AUGGCAUCCUCCGUCAAAGCGAUUGUCGACCGCAUCAUCCUUGAGUAUCCGGUGGCGGUGUGGGGCAAGAGCUACUGCCCCUACACGAAGUUGACCAAGGAAGCGCUGUUCGCCGUCCUGCCUCGGAGCAAGGUCCACACCGAGGACAUUGACCUGCGCCCGGACGGUGAUGCAAUCCAGGCCUACCUGACUCUGCUCACCGGCAAGCCCACCGUGCCCUAUGUCUUCGUCGACGGCGAGUUCAUCGGCGGCUCUGAGGAGACCAUCGCCCUGCUGCAGACUGGCACGCUGCCUGCGCUGCUGGCUGCCAGGGACACGCGCAUGCCCACGCCCGGACCAGGAGUGACCACCUGA